AUGGUGGAAAGGGUCCACCACUCCCUCAAGGCUUCCUUAAUGGCACGCUGUCAGGGCCCCGAUUGGAAAGCACAGUUUCCCUGGGUCCUCCUCAGUCUCUGCAUCGCCCCAAGAGCCAACGGCGACCCUUCCCCAGCAGAGAAGGUGUAUGGGGAGACCCUGACAUUGCCAGGCGAAUUCUUCCCCGCCGACAGCAACGAUCCUGAUAUUCCCCUGGCUAGGUUGCGUGCAGCCUCCCAGAAGUUCAUUCUCUGCCAAGAGACCUACGUCGACAGGAUGAAGCAGUUCCGCCCACGAGCCCCGGACUCCUGCAGGUUCGUCUUCGAGGGGAAGGCAUUCUUUGUGUCAGUCGGCGGCCGCGAGGACUGGGUAUCUAUAGAUCGCCUCAAACCCGCCAUCAUCCCCGACGAAGAUGACCCCGCUGAAGGCCCUCGCAAAACCCCGACACCGCUGGUUCCUGACAGUGCCCCUAAACGUCGUCGAGGCCGCCCAAGGAAGGCAGUCGAACCCCUCAGGCCCACUACCAGGGGCGGCAUCCUGCUUUCUGGCCCUCAAGACGACGAGGACACACAAGAUGCCACUCAACCGAGGGAAUCACGAACCCAAGGACUCCUUCAGCUCCCCGCAAGAUUCCGUUAG